GGGGGGGGGAGUGCUUCGUGAUAUAUCCCGUUCACAACCGAGAGCAAAGCGCAACAGCAGUCUGAGUCGGUCACGGCAGCUGCAAAAGAAGCGUCCGCGCACAGUUUGCUCAUUCCUUUACUUUCAGUUUGGCCUGGGCCUCGUGAAACAGAGGUACUGAGCACUGCGUCUCACUCAGACAGAAACUACUGGUCAGCGUCCAGGACAGACGGUCCCAGAGCCGCAACGCCAGUCUGCAACUAACAAUUGAUAUCUCUGAUCCAGAGGAAGUUACGCGAAGGUUGUUGCUAGACUAAGCCAGGGCUCCUGUCUCCUGCUGUGUUGAUCCCUGAUGGACCCAGGCUGGACUCUGCUCUGCCUCCUACUGGUUCUGCAGGGAACUGCAGGCCAGGCGCUGCAGUGCCGUGUGUCUCCUGUAGGGGUGCUCCACCCUGUUCAGGCUCAACUGGACACCUGGGGGGUGGGGCCAGGCUGUGCUGCCAGGGAGACAGGCACUAAGGAGACGCAUGUGGUCGCCCUGGGGACAGCUACACACAGUCCAGACAGACAGGUGACUGUGCACCUGCGCCCCCUGUCUCCCUCCCCCCUGUCUCCCUCCUCCCUCCUGGCCAGGGAGGUACUCAUGGUCCUGGUUUCCCAACAGCCAGUGCGCUGGAGGCUGGAGGCACAGUCACUGCCCCCCAACAUGCAUGUGCUGGUGCAGGUGUCACCUAACUCAUCGGUCCAUUCCUCCAGUCUACCAAUCAGGGUGCAGCUGCUGUCCUCUCUGCCCUUCAGGCCACGCCCACUCCUGCGCUGGACCCUGCAUCGCCAUGGCAACCUGUCUUCGCUCACACACACGCUUCACGCCAACCGCGUCUACAUACGUCUAGGGGAAGAUCCCACAAUGCCUAGCGUGUGCAAGCUUCAGCCUCUCUUCCUGUCCCACAACUACUUGACCUCUGACUUGCAGAACCAGGAAGUGCGUGGCUGCUUGCCGUCUGCGGGAGCCAGCCAGCCAGAGGUCCAUGUGAUCAGACUGAUGUCUGCUGGGUCUGGCCUCUGUGGCUCCCUGCAGGUGGAGGUGCCUGUCUCUCUGCUGCCCCCAGUGGCCAGUGCAGGCAGGUGCAGGCUGGUCCUCAUCCUCAGCAGUGAGGUUCCAGUCAACUGGGCCCUCACUGCCUCUAGACUAAAGGGACACAUCACUGUCUACUCGUCCAAUAGCGUGUCUCCUCUCCACCCUGAGGAGGCGGGGCUGACCCUGUCCAGGAGUAUGAAUCCUGACCUCUCUUCCACCCCUGACCUACUGGCCUGGGCCAAUCAGACUGGCUUCCCCAUGGUGACCUCCUACACAGAGGCUAGCCUGGCCAAUCGCUUUGUGAUCCAAGUGGUAGGGGGUGGGACAGAUGAAUCAGGCUGGCCCCCCAACCCCCUCCCCUGGGUUCAGGAGCGUCGUCUAAGACUGUGGUUGGCAGGGGAUGGGGCCGGAGGCGGGGCCAGUGCUGGGGGCGGGGCCAGCAAAGGGCGGGAGGCGAUCAGUGUCCGCUGUCAGGACGGCCGCCUCAACGUAGCCGUGGACAAACACGUCCUCCAGGCCCUCCUUCCCCCCCAGGCCCUGUCUCCCUCUGAGGCCCUGGUCACACUGAAGGACCCCCAGUGCCAGGCCAGCUCCAACAACAGUCACUUCCUGUUGACCUACCCAGUCAUUUCCUGUGGGACGGAGGGGUUGAUUGAGAGAGAGCCCAGAGGGGUGACCUACAGAAACAGGGUGUUGCUAUGGAUACAGCAGCUUGCCGCCAACCUGAAGCGCAAUGAGACAGAGAGGUGGACCCCACUGGCUGUCCACUUCAGCUGUUUUGCCGCGGCCCCCACUCCCCUGCGCCCCCCCAGCCCCCCGGCCCCCUCCUGUGUGCCCCUGCCCCAGCCCUGGGGCCACUGGGGGCCAGUGUCUGGCUCAGGGCCCCUGCUCUCCCUGCAGCUGUCUGUGUCUGAGAGCCGCAGCAGCAGGCUGGUGGGCCCCUGCACUGUCGUCUCAGACCAGCGCGUCUACGUGGAGGUGACAGCUCGGGAUGGAGGAGAAGGAGGAGGGGGAGUGGAGGUGAGGUCCUGUGAGGUCUCCCCCCUGUCUCACCCCUGGGGCUCCCCUACCUGGAAGAUCAUCACUGAUGGGUGCUCCUCAGAUACCUCCCUCACCCUCAGCAGGAUAGAGGAGGAGGAGGAGGAGGACUGGUCGUUCACCCCAGACAGACACCUCCCUUUCGGGAAGAUGAGAGAUGGAGGCAGAGAGAGGAGAGGAGGGGGGAUGGGAGGAGAGGAGAGGAAAGAAGGAGGGAUGGAAGGAGAGGAGAGGAGAAGAGGGAUGGGAGAGGAGAGGAGAGAAGGAGAGAGGAAUGAAGGAGGGAUGGAAGGAGAGGAGAGGAGAGGAGGGAUGGGAGAGGAGAAGAUACACAGACUGAGGUUUAGCUUCAUCCUGCGGCCGGUCUACAACAACUCUGUCCAGUUCCUCCACUGUAAGCUGGAUGUCUGCAGUCCUCUGUCUGGCCAGCAGGGGGCAGGACCCUCCAGCUCCAAGCCAGCUUGCCAGGGGGCGCUGCUCAUCCCAGCCCUGCUACCAACACACCUACACCAGCAGUGUGUGACCAGGUACUUGUACAGACCCAUGCUGGUGACACAUCUCCAGGGAGGGGCCAGGCCUGCAGCCCCCCCUCCUGGUCAGAAGGUGCCACCCAGCCUGCCUCUGUGGGUCCGGCCGGCCCCGCCCCAAACCAGCAGAGGGCUGGAGUCAGCCGAGUAUAACCCAGGUGUGCACACAGGCCUGGUGCUGGUGAUCGUCUUCACUGCCUUUCUGAUGGGAUCUGGCCUCACAGGGGCUCUGUGGUGCAUCUACACCCACACAGGGUCUUCUCCACCAAUCAGAAGAGGAAGCCUGCUCAACACGGGAGAGCCAGACCACGGCACCUGGAACUCUGCAGUGCAGUUGGAACCUUCUAGAGAAGAUUUCAUCCAGCAGGUCUAAAAGACUAAACUGACGAGACCCCAGCACCAGUGUGUGUGUGUUUGUACUCUGAUGGUGUGUGUGUACUCUGAUGGUGUGUGUGUACUCUGAUGUUGUGUGUGUUUGUGUGUACUCUGAUGGUGUGUGUGUGUGGACCACAGUAAGCUGGCAGUUGUUCUUGCUGUUCUGCUUUGUGUUUGUGCUCUCAUCAGUCCUGUGAAG